AUGGGUCCAGGUUCUGACCGCACCAAUACGUCGCAACAGCAGCGAAGGAGGUUAUGGGACUCUGAGGAGGACGAGAACGAGUUUCAGGACUACCCGGCCAGUGGCGAUUCCGUACAGCACAACACCCCUCGCGCUUCGAGAGCAGCUCAUCUACAACUUGAUCGCACGCCGACUGCAUCGUCAACAACCAGCCGCAGCGACCAGUCAGACAAAACCAGAUCUUCUCGAUCACCGACGAAGCGGAUACGCGGGCUCGAAGUUGCACGCAACAGGUCCUUGGUGCUGCAGAUCGACCGCGCCGAUCCACGCAUGCCGACUGCGCUCAAGAAUGAGCUUGCCCAGCUUCGACAAUGCAGCCGGGGCGACAAGGUCAUUCCGCCUUAUCUGCGAGACGAGCUGACGAGCCAGCGCGGAAGCGACGAGACGCUUUACGAUAUCACCGACGCUGCCUUCGCCAGCAAGGAGGACGAGUUGGCCAUGGCGACGGCAGGUUUCCCGCUCGUAACGAUGCAGGCCGUGCGCAACAUCUCCUCGGAGGCAAAAGAGUGCUACAACCACGGCCAUGCCGAGGCGUCAUGGAACAUGCUCGUCCACUGGCCGCUCCUGGCGAUCGCUCUGGGCCGAAACGAACAGCAGCCGCAAGAUCCGACUCAGCCUCGUGUGCACGCCAUGCCCUGCACCAUGGCGCGGCUAUCUGGCGAUGCGCGUGGCAACAAGAUGGUCGACUUCUGCCUCUAUAUCGAACCAGCGGAUGGGUGCGAUAAGAAGCGCAUCGACGGGCUACGGGCGCAGCGCCCCAGCGAAAACAUCAACCACACCGACUACACGCCUCUACGGGCACGGCCCAUCCUUCUCAGCGCCGAGUCUAAGAAACCGGGUGAACAGCUUGCUGAGGCGCAUCUGCAAUUAGCUGUGUGGCAGGACCGCCAGCUGCGGCUGCUAGAGUCGGACAUCGCUCAUGAGCGGAGAGCAGACACAAUGAUCGCUUUCCUCCCGUCGCUCGUGAUUCAGGGCCACGAGUGGUGGUUCACCGCGGCCACACGGCACGAAGGCACAACGAUCCUCUGGACACAGCAGCAUAUUGGAAGCACCAGCACGCCACUAGGGAUCUUCCAAAUCCUUCACGGGCUGCGACAUAUCGCAUGCUGGGCAAGUACGACAUACUGGCCCUGGUACUGCAAGCACGUUCUCAGAGCUUCCAUGGCCCCGACGAUGAUGAUUGAUUCGAACACCUAG